GGAAGUACGUGGAGAAACAUGCCCGUAUGAAGAUUGAGAAAUGGUUCCACCUACUGGACAGUCAAACAGUCCUCGGGGCCAUCCAACGAGAAUCAUACGGAUACCAAACCUUCUUCGCCAACAGAGUGGGCGAAAUCCAGAUGUCCGGGCCAGUGCAAGACUGGUGGUGGAUCAGAGGAGAUCUGAACAUUGCUGACUUAAUAACAAGAGGAGGCAAUCCCAAAGACUUAAAUGAGGAAUCCACAUGGCAAAACGGACCAGAGUUCCUGAAGUGGCCAGUGGAGGAGUGGCCUAUUCAGUCAGCUGGAGAAGUUGCAGCCCAGGCCAGGGAGAGUGUAAACAAGCUUCAAAGAAAGGCAUUCUCUGCUGCACUGACCAGAGCUCAAGCUAAGAUGAGUCGGCAAAAAGAAGACCCACUGGCCACUCCGGAAAAGGAAAGUCCCUGUGAAGAAUCGAAACCUAUUAUGCCAAGAAGAAAACCCACUAGCUGGGUGAAACAUCUUGUGGAUGUAAAAAGGUUCAGUAGCCUGACAAAACUGAUCAGAGUUGUUGCCUGGACACGACGAGCUGCCGAGCAGUGGCUGAAGAGGAGGUCGAACCCAGGACAACCAAAGUGGGAGGCAACACCCAAGCAGGCUGGAUUGGCUGGCACUGAACUAGAAGGUGCACGUGAAGACGUCUUCCUCGCAGCUCAAGAAGGGAGGAUCCAGAUAUUUAACGAAGAUGAGACAGCCGUGCCAGUCUUGCCAUUUGAAGCAUGGGUGUCAACAUUGCUGGCACAAGAAUCCCAUGACGCUAACCACGAGGGGGUAGCAGGAACCCUUCUACGGAUGAGGAAGACAGCGUGGAUAAUAAAGGGCCGGAGAAUUGCCAAGAAAGUAGUUGACAGCUGCAUAGUUUGCAGAAAGAACAGAGCAAAGAAGUGUCAACAAAUCAUGGCAGACUUACCUCCAGAGCGAACCACCCCAGCUGCUCCUUUUGAAUUCACAACCAUGGACCUAUUCGGCCCUUAUGAAGUGAAGGAUGAAGUCAAGAAAAGAACCAGACUGAAAGUGUGGGGAAUCGUCUUCAGUUGCAUGGCCUCCCGUGCCAUACACACUGAACUAGUGAGUGACCGGUCAUCCCAAGGCUUCCUCCUCGCCUAUCAGAGGUUCACGUCACUCAGAGGACAUCCCAGGAAGCUCUGGUCAGACCCCGGCACAAAUUUUGUGGGCGCCAAACCUGCUCUGGAACAGCUGUACACAUUCCUUGACCGACUGGACAAGUCUCAAGUCGAAGACAUGGCUGCCAACCAUGGAACAGAAUGGUCCUGGAAGAUCCACCCUGCGGAUUCUCCCCACAGAAAUGGUGCUGCAGAAGCGGCUGUCAGAGUGGUCAAACGGGCCCUGACCAAUGUCGGCGGAGAUGGUGUCUUCACCUGGGGUGAAUUUCAAACCUUCCUCUACAUGGCUGCCAACCUUGCAAAUGAGCGACCAAUCGAUGCAAGAACUCAAAGCAGGGAAGACUGUGUGGAAUACAUCACCCCGAACUCUCUGCUCCUAGGGCGUGCCAACCCUAAGGGAGAUCCUGGAGACUUCCAGUUUGAUCGCUAUCCUUAUAAAAGACUGCAAGUAAUUCAAGCUGAAGUCACCAAAUUCUGGAAGAAAUGGAGCCAACUAGCUGGACCCAACCUCUUCAUAAGAAACAAAUGGCACACCAAAGAGCGAAAUGUUUCUGUCGGAGAUGUGGUCUGGUUGGCUGACCAAAAUGCCCUGAGAGGACAGUACAAGCUGGCCAGAGUAGUCAGAGCCAAUACGGACAGCAAAGGCAUCGUAAGAGACGUGCUUGUGAGGACCUUUCCCAGCUAUCCUGUCCCCAUCAAGAAGACAAGCGACAAAGAAAAACCGACCACGAAAACCAAGAGGCUCAGACAUCAAAUCCCAGCAACAAUCCUGCAUAGGGAUGUCAGACACCUCAUCAUUCUAAUUCCCAUUGAAGAACAAAGGAAAGAAGGACCUGUGUGACCCCAUUGGGUUUUGAAAACCAUGAGGGCCAAGUGGGAGGUGUGGAGUUGAAACUCAGUGUGAAUGAAGUGUCCCUGCCCUGGAAGUAAGGAGCUGUCUCCUCCUUAAUCUUACUCCUUGGUGAAGUACCAGAAAGAACUACAUUUCCCAGAACACCAAGGUCAAGAUGGCCACCAAUUGGCUGAUUCAAGGCAGCUGUUAAAGAAUGGUGGUGCUGUCUCAUUUCAUGCAAGCAAGCAGAGCGGCAAGACGCAAAAAUCUACAAGAUCCAUCUUUAAAAGACUUCCAACACACCAAUGGUCGGUGAAUAUACCCACUUUGCAAUAUGCUGAAAUGCUUAUUUGUUAAAACUCACCUUGACAUGUUGGUUUACUUACCUGUCUUAAAUUGUUUUUAGUUUGAACCACAGCAAAUUUACUCCAACCUUGAGCAUUGAUUGCAUCUGGGUAUUUUCUUACUGUUUGAUAAUUAAAAAGCUUGAGUUAAUUGAAUUGUUAAAUAAGCUCAAUUUAAAGGGAUAAAAAGUCAAAGA